CGUUCACGUGUAGCUCGCGCUCGCGUUAGGUCAGAUGUAAAGAGCUUCAGACGAAGAGCGGGAGUGAUUAUAAUAAUAAUGUCAUUUCAUAACUUCUCCAAAGAAGCGAUUAUAGGCUCAGCGACGCUGGGGGUGAUUUUUAUAGCGGGAUAUUAUGUGGGCAAACGCAAAUCUAAAGUGUUCAGAAUGUCGUCGGGUAAGAGUCACGUGGGACGGAAAGAUGACCCAGUGAUGCAGUACCUGCUCGAUCACUCUCUGAGGGAACAUCCAGCCCUCAAAAAACUACGCCAGAAAACCAUGGAGCACGAGAUGAACAUGAUCAUGGUGGCAUGUGAGCAGUCGCAGUUCAUGGCAAAUCUAGCCAGUUUAAUCAAGGUCAAGAAAGCUAUUGAAAUCGGUGUUUAUACGGGGUAUAAUGCGUUGAGUAUCGCUCUCACGCUGCCUGAAGACGGGAAACUGAUCGCGUGUGACGUCAGUGAAGAAUACAUCAACAUCGGCAGACCUUUCUGGAGACUGGCCGGUGUCGAGGACAAAAUCGACGUGCGUCUGAAGCCAGCUCUGCAAACUCUGGACGAGCUUCUGGCCGCUGGAGAAGCAGAGACGUUUGAUUUCGUCUUCAUUGACGCUGACAAAGUCAACUACGACAACUACUAUGAGAAAUCCCUGCAGCUGGUCCGGAAAGGAGGAAUAAUCGCUAUCGAUAACGUUUUGUGGAGCGGUCGAGUGGUGAACCCAGAAGAAGGAGACAUCGACUCCAUCAGCAUUGAUAAACUGAACAAGAAGCUCCAUCGAGACGUCAGGAUCCAGCUGAGCAUGUUAUCUGUAGGAGACGGCCUCACUUUAGCCUUCAAAAUAUGACUUUAUACUGAUAUACCAUCAUAACAGAAAACAUGUGCAGCCAUCUCUGUUUAGGUUUUUCAACUGAAAACAUGCAUUGUGAUAAUUGAAAGUUUUGUAUUCAAUUGUUAAUGGGGCCAACUAUUGAUUUUUCUGAAAAUACAUUUCAAAUAUGUUUUUGUGAUCUAAUUGUUUUUAAUAAACAAAGCUACUGCACUGAAA